GCGAAACGACGCAACACGACGCGGCGGCGUAUGCGGUGCAGCCGUUGGGGAGGUUGGAGCCGUCUCCCCGGCGCCGCACUGCCGUUUGUUGUUCUACGCCUAGCACUUCUUCUGGAUCGUUCACUGUCCGCCUCGUCCUCUUUCUUCCGUGCCAGUCACAAACGCCAGCUUCUCCUUUGGUCCUCAUCCUCGUCCUCAUCCUCAUCGCACCUUCCCAAUCAUGUCCAUCUUCACCGCUGCGCUGCGCUUGGUCCGCCUCUUCCCCGUGCUCUCGUCGACCGUCACCCUCAUGUUCGGCGUCGAUGAGCACAUCUUCCUUGGUACCUGGACCCGCCCUUCAUACCGCGAGCAAGCAAACGUCAACCUCCACUCGUGGUUCCAGCUCUGGGGCCGGCGAGGCCGCUGGGUCAUCCUGCUUGGCUAUCCCGCAAAUUACCUGUCAGCGCUGCUCAACCUGAUCCUCGCCCGCGACCAGCUCUACGCCGCUAGCGCGACCAAGUGGUACCUGCUCGGCUUCCUCUUCAGCCUCGGGCACAUCGCCAUCUACGCCAAGCGUGCGCUGAAACUCCUCGCCGACAUCAAAAACAACGUCCCCCGCGGCAAUUCGGUCCACUCGAUGGAAGUCUGGCUGGAAUUGAACUCGAUCCGGGCCCUGACGACGGAUUUCCCGGCGUGGGUCUGCUUCAUUGUCGCGGCGCUCAAGGUCCUGUGAGUGGGGACGAGGGGACUUGAGGUGCGAAUAGACUAUCAAAACCAUGAUACAAUAGUUUGGCGCCAUGGCUCUUGGCCUUGCUGAGCUUGGCCCGCCUCUACCUCG